CAGCCUCGGGAGCAGAAGAUGUGCACAACGGCAAAUUCGAAAGACCAGAAAACCAGAACAAACACCUUCUUCUUCAUCAUCCUGAUGGCACUAUUCCGAUCAAGGUCCUCUGAUUGCUCUCAUCACUACCAGGUAUGGCCAAUGAACCUAUGCUAAAGAGAGUUCCCUUACAUAUACAAUGAGACUACAGUAUGUGCUGCUUCUGGAGAUCCUUCUCUUGACACCACCGACGGCCUUGGCCUCCUUUACUCAUUUCUAUCAUCGGCUGCAAUCCCACCAAGAAGUCAUCCUUCCUGCUACUACAUGUAGAGGGGCAUUCCUACCCACAGCCACAACACCAUGUACAGUGCUAUCGGCAUUUCCCAACCUAUUUGCCAAUGGUGAAGACCCGCACGCUCAAAAGCUACGGGAACUGAGCAGCCGGUUACAAGGUCUUCAGGAAGAUCAAGCCGCCAAGGAAGACGGCUAUCAAGCCAGAAUUCGAACCAUUGUGGAAGAAAUGGGUCAAAGAGAAAAAGACUUGCUGGAGAAAAUCCAGUACUUUGCCAAUCAACUUCAGCAAUAUCGGUUCGAUGCACAGAAAACACUGUUGGCGGCCAAGGAGGCAUCUUCGAAUAAGGAACGGAAAUUAGACCAAGAAAUUCGAACCUACCAAUUCAAACUGGCAUCGCUCCAAGAGGAUUAUCGCAAGGCACAAUCACUGGCGGGUCGACUCAAGGGAGAACGACGAGACUUGGAACGAGACUUACGCAAAUUACGCCAAACCUACCAACGAGAAUUAUCCUAUUGGGAAACACGGUACGAACGAGAACAAGAUAAACUCGUCAAGGAACAAGAAAAGAAUAGAGUCUUGCAAUCACAGGCUCAAGAAUCGGCAAAACAACGCGAAUUGGAGCGAUUGCAGGAUUAUCGAAACGCCGAACGCAAAAUUCAGACCGUCUACGAAACGCACCUAGGUCAAAUGGAGAAAUUGUUGGGAGAUGUCGCCGUCGAGGCGCAAAACAGUGUCGUGUACAUGCAAGAGCUCGAAGCCGAACGAUACAGUUUGCGCCAAUUGACGGUGCAAUCCUACAAAUUGCUAUCCACGCGCUUUUUGGCAAGUGCCGCCAAAGUAUUGCGCAAAAAGAGUAGUACGAAAGCGAAGGAAGAAGAAGGGGCGCUGAUUUGAGAGCGAGAAAGAUAUACAUCCAUCAAAAAAUGAUGAUAUCAUACCUUACCAAUCCACAGUCAGGGCUUCCAUACAACGUACGUGAGUGACAGUCUCGUGGUCUCAGCUGUCUUGGAGAGAAAAACAACACGACAACACUUGUUGAAGAUUGCUUGAAUGGAAUCUGCUGGGUUGCUUUUGGGACGUUUCGGUACCCCUUGUUCUUGACUUUGACAGGCUUUGCUAGGAUUCCAAAUCAUCGUGGGGAUACGUUCGUGGUCAUUGUUUACUUGGCGACAACCACAUAUCGUAUGUGUAUGGCAGCAGAGAAGAUCCUUUGCGACAACUGCCAUGGUGCACAAAAAGAUCGUAAUUUUGGAAGCUAAGUAGUGGUAGUUAGUUACUGUGACAUCU